CAUAUACUAAUUAUAGGUUUUGGCAGCCCAGCUGUGCAAUCUGAUGAUCAGAUAAGAUCACAAAAUAUGGAUGCCUAAACCUCGGAUAUGUUCGGCAACAAAUAAUACGUCGGAAGUUGCUGCGCUAGGAUUCUCUACAAUGUAUGUUGGCAAAGCCGGAGCAAGCAUAUCACCUUGGCACUUAUUGUGACUCAACCGGCCACGGGAUUUCAUGCGGGAUAUCAGAGUCAAAUUAGUCCAUCAUAUCCCUUUGCUGACACGCGGGCUCUCUCAAUCCCCGUAAAUACGUCGUGUCUGUGCUACGGGAUGCUGACCCAUGCUACGGCCGAAAUCUCGGAGAUAACUCUGUCCGCACCUCCUGAAGCUCGGAGCUCGGGGAAUGGAGGUGAAUAAUAGGGAAGAAGAGGCAAACAACACAUCAGCCACUCAUCUUGGUAUAAGAACCCUGGGAUGCGAGUUGCUAACUGGCGCACGAAGCUAAUGCAGAAGAUCAACCCCAGACACGUCACAGACUUUUUAGCAAACAUACACAGGUACGAAUCGAGGAUCGACAAGGGCUUUCAGCGAUGCCUAUAAAAGAAUACACUGUCCACGAGCUUCGUCUGCUCCUAGGACUUGAACAUACAGACGACUGUUAUCUAUCACACUCACCAAGUCCUUUAGAUACCUCCUCUCAAGAUCACCACCAUGUCGACUCAAGGUCUAGCAUUCAAGGGCAAAUUCCAUGUCCAAAACGAGACAUGGACGGCCGUGGACGAGUAUACGCAGUUUCACCUCCACCCAUCCAGCGCACCCAACCACAAAGUGCUCCUUGACGCGCUGCGCAACUCGCGCGACAAUGGGCUGCCGGACAUCGCCACGGCGCCCACGGUGGCCAGGAUGUACGCGCUGCAAUGCAAGGCCAGCAAAGUGCAGCACGCGCUGGAGUUCGGCACACUAGGCGCGUACACCUCCAUCUGGCUGGCGACGGAGAACCCGGCUCUCCAGGUGACGUCGCUCGAGAUCAGCGCGCACCACGCGGCCGUGGCGAAAGAGAACCUGGAGAACGCGGGCGUCGCGGACCGCGUGAGCGUCCGCCUCGGCCCAGCGCUGGACCUGCUACCGGCCCUCGCGGCGGAGAUCGAGCGCGGCGAGAAGCCGAAGCUGGGAUUCGUCUACAUCGACGCCGACAAGGAGAAUAACUGGAACUACCUCGACCGCGUGAUUGCGCUGUGCGAGCCCGGGGCCGUGAUUUACGUGGAUAAUAUCGUCCGCGGCGGGAGUAUUCUCGAUGCGGCGAAUCCGGAGCCGAGGACGCAGGGGGCUCGGCGGGUUGUGGAGAUGUCUGGGAAGGACGAACGCAUUGAUAGCGUUGUCAUGCAAUUUGUGGGCGAGAAGGGGUAUGAUGGGAUGUUGAUGGCUGUUGUACGGUAAGUGUGGCAGAGUAUUGGGCAGUGACCUCGACUCAAUUUUGAUGGGCUAAGGCUUUGGAUGACAGCUCCGUGAUUUACACUAUAGAAUGAGAUCACGAAUUCCAUGAAACUUCUGCACAUAGUAGUCUCCUAUUUCUUGCAUUUGAUUUCGGGAAUCAGCCCUUGAAACCUACAAAUAUGUGAAGACUGAAGAUGAAAUAUUUCAUUACCGGGUUUCCUACUAAAACUUACUCUCUUGAGCACUUAAUAAAAGAUGAUUGCACCUAGUUAUUGAUAUUAGGAAAAAAUUGGAAAUAUCGAUAAUAUAAGAAAGUAAUACAGGCAUUCUUGCUUUAGCUUGGAGUCAACUUUGGUCAGUUUUGGAGAGAAAUUAAGGAAU